CCGCACGCCAUCAUGGUUGGCUUUGACUUCCUUGUGGCACUUGCCCACACAUUUUUAUCAUUACUCUCCCAUCAUUUUACGACUAUUGAUCGAGUCCGGUGCCCUGCAAGUAUUAAACAAUGCCUUCUACUGCCUUCAAUCACUCACACUCCCCCAACCCCAACCUCUUCUCCCUUGUGAGAAGCCAAAACUUCUGAUAGCAUCUUUAUUCAUUCUUGCCGUCUUCUUCCGAUCUAUUUCGGCAGUUGGGCAUUUAGCGCUGAGAUUGGAUGGAGAGGUGCGGAGGAUAACGACGAGGCGGCGGCUGCACUGAGCUUUGUAAGUAGUGCUCAUGCUGGUCUUCCUUCCAUUUGUCGUUGCUAUUUUUGUGUGCGUGGAGUUCCAGUAGCAUGCAAGAGUUAUAAGAGGCGGAGCGAAGCAGAGCGGAACCCAGAAAUGGAGGCGGAGCGGAUCAGGAGGAGAAAGUGGAAGAGCCUCAAGGAGCGGUUGUCGCUUAUGGGCUGCUGCGCCAGCGGUUGGGGGUUCCGCGCCUCCAAUCCGACCACCAUCACGAUUAACGACGAGGAGGAGGCGGAGGAGUACGGAAUCCACCGAAACCAUAGAGAAGAGCAGGCGGAGGAGGCGGGGUCGGGGGAGGCAGUGGAGAUGAAUCUGGCGGCCGCGUUGGCCGCGGAGCGGCAGUACCGGGCGAUUUCCGCCGCGGCGGACGAGAGGCUGGAGCAGGAUGAGGCGGAGGGAGUGGAACGGGUGUCGCUGAUGAGACUAUUGGAAGAAGGAGAGGAGAAUAGAGGCGGGGGAGGAGACGGGUGGUGUUGGUGCUGCGUGUGCAUGGGGCGGCGGAAGGGGGCGGCGUUCAUACCGUGCGGGCACACCUUCUGCCGGGUGUGUGCGCGGGAGAUGUGGGUGAACCGCGGCUCCUGCCCCCUCUGCAACCGUCCGAUCGUCGACAUCCUCGAUAUCUUUUAAAUCAACGGCUGCUGCUGCUUCACGCCCCCAAAUCCCUUUCUGCUUCCACUAUGCUACGUGAUAUGACGAAAAAGAUGAGACCAGGGAAAAGUGAUCUCCGAUUACUUCUGUUUUGCUCUCUGGUUAUUGUCUUUGUUCUUUCUUGAAUGAAUCGGAUUAAAGCAGCCGUUUUAUCAUGUUGGGAGAAGUAUGACAAGUCAUGAGAGCACUACCGCCGGAUCCAAUCUGGCUUUCCAUCAAUAUCAAAGCUCUCCAUCGGAGAAAGGAUCACUGAA